AUGUUCCAGGAUGGGCUCAGCAGACCGCAGGAUGACAUGCACGACAGCACCGCUCGCCAGCGAGGUGGAUACCAUGCGCAAAAUUCCGUUCCAGUGGACCUCAGCCCUGCAUGCAGCCAGGUUGUGGCGAGAAGAAUGCACAACGCCGUCUCUGUCCGUCGACUACCAACUCCCUCUGAGGCACCAACUGGGGCUAGUCCGUCAUGGUCUGCAGGGUCUACAAUCCAGAACACACCCCCAAUGUCCAUUGGGCUAGUCGUAGGUGUGACGGUAGCCAUGGAGCCAAUUGAAGUCGUCUCUCGUGGUUAG